CCAUGGCUGGCGAACUUGUGUCUCACUCUCACAACUAACAAUGGCAGUCAGCAUUCUUGUCUUGCUACGGACCUACGGUCUAUAGAAUAUUUAAAGCCUCCCUCCGUGUCGGUUGUCUGAGAUGGCGCAGCAAGCCCGGCGAUGUGUAUCGCACCUAUAUUGAUUGUUGUUGUUGUUGUUGUUGUUGUGGCCCUCGAGGUGUCACGGCAUACGCAGCUUUCCCCUCCGGUAAUCUGGGAAGCAAUCUUUCUCAUUCUCGAUCCCUCGUCGUCACCCUCGAGGUAUUCGGAGACGGAGCUCUCUGCCGCCACACCCCCCCUUCCCAUCUCAUCUCCCUCGUCACGUCGUGGGCCCUUUGUCACUCUUACACAACUCUCCAACGGUCACAGGGUGCCCUCUUUGGGGAUCCCGGAUCCGACCACACAAUUGUCUUUCGGCCAUUGUAUAUUCGGAUACAUCGUACCUUACCUACGGAUAUCGUCCCCCCCUUCUCAUACGCAAGAAACAGAAGCAGGAUAGAAGCAGUGGAAAUCGAACAACAAGGUCCUCCCUCGGAUCCCUACUAGCGAGAGUCCCUUCUUCUGCCCAUUGCCCACAGAAGUGAGCAGACGGGUGUCCAUCCUCGCUGGAGCAUUGUGGACGUGGUACACACGGCUACGAAUACACGC